AUGGUUAAUACCCAUUCGUCAAGUAGCAAAUCUACAUUAUAUAGUACUAUUUCGAGAUACAUUCUUUUAAACUAUAGUCUACUUGACUAUUCAAAUCUACUUUUUCUAGAAUACAUGCUAGCCGCCUUCCCGCGGCGGGAAAAUAGGCCAUAUAAAAUUUCAAUUAACUUUAAAUUAGAUAAAUAUGAAGGAACGAUAUUUUUCUUAAUACUAGUUCUGUCUGAUUAUGGUCUUAUUUUGUUUAACCCUCUUUUGUGUAUAACGUUCUUAACGGUUAUUAUCUGUCUUAAUAUUUAUAUCACUUUUAAGAUAAUUAAUAAAAAUUUACACAUAUAUACAUUUAGAAUGAAGAAAGUUUUUAAGAGGUUUUUCACACUUUUUUUCAAAUAG